AUCACGUCACGUCAAGCCAUCACUAAGGAAGCGUUCCCACCAGGUGUCUUUGCAACCCCCUGUUGCGAGUGGAUGAAUUCUGUGCCACAAGACACAAGCUCCGCGCUGAAACAUCUGUAUGGCCAGAAGGAGUCUAACUGCACUGUUAGUUGAGCUUGAUUAUUCUGUGAACAAAUAUGACUGCUAUGUUCUUUGAGCUCCAUACGUUAUUCUCGAUUGAAAUUAUUGUAUUUGUCGAAAGGCAAACGGACAAGUCUACAUUUGUGAAAAUGUUUACAAGAGUGAUGCCUUUUUUAUGCUAAAAUAUUACUUUUGGGGAUCAGACUAACUGACAACGAUUGAUGGUGACAUGAACAGAAGUUUGAAAUGGCAGGCAGAAAAUCUACGACUGUGAUUCCGAACCUUGGAAGCAAACCAUUCGUACCUUCAAAAUAUGUGGAUGAUAAAAUUAUAACUGAUGCCUUCUUUGUGAGCAGAUUCUGCCUGUUUUUAAAAUCAGUCUGUAGUGUUAAUUCUUAGUUUUCUCUUCUAAGCCAACAACGUGGUGACACUUUCCAAUUUAGGAAUUCAAUAAAAUCCAACCAUAGCUUUGUGGUGGCGCUUUUUAUACUCUAUUGAUUCAUUCUUGUGGAAGCAAUCUAAUGCAUUCUCUGAGCGGUAUACCUACUUACAACUAACCGCUAUAGUUGUUUUCACCUGGGAAAGAGGAUUGCUGCUUACAAAUGCUAUAGUUGUCACCUUGAUUGCAAGUCAGCCUUAUAGUUUCUAUCUGGCCCAUGCCAGGGUAGCUAACACCAAAUGGCUGACACCACGGCGGAACAUCAUCUCCUGUACCCGGGCAAAGACCAUCGCAGUUUCUUCGAGAUAUGGGUCUCUGCUGUGCCGAUGGUGGCAAUCAGCCUGACAACCAUCGUGGCAAAUGGCGCCAUAUUGACUAUGUUUCUGAGCAGACGCGGCUUGCGACGAUGUAAAAAUGUGUACCUAGCUAGUUUAGCGCUAGCCGACUUCUUAGUUGGCCUCACGAUGCCUUACAAGAUGACACGAGACUUGCACCGAUCAUGGGACAGUGGUCUGGGCUGUAGGCUUUACCAAACGCUGCGACAAUCUCUUAUGUACGUGUCUUUUCUCAGCAUCUUCCUCAUAACGGUGGACAAAUGGCGGGCUAUCCACUACCCAGUGUCCUAUCGGAACAAGCAGACCAAACGCAUAGCAGUCGCAGCAGUUGUGAUGGUGUGGGUCAUCAGCUUCUUCAUCUUCAGCGUACCACAGAUAUGGUGGGAGGAUUUUAUACUCUCCAGGGCCUCCGACUUGAGCCAAACUCGUAUGGUUGCUGUGGAAAAUGGUGUAAAUGCCCGGCCCGAGAAAAUAGGCAUCAGUAACCUUAACCGUAACAGUAGCACUAGUGGCAGCAGUAGUAGCAGUAGUAGCAGCAGCGGUAACAGCAAUAGUGGGAAAGCUCAAAACCUUUCUUUAAAUGUGCGGUAUAGAAUUAACAGCGGUCACGAGCGUAAUCGUUACGGGAUAUGUCCCGAAGGUUAUCACUUGGGAUUUAACAUCUCCGUGUUUUCCACUACUCUCUUCUACGUCAUUCCAAUUCUAACCAUGCUGAUUCUAGACACGAGUCUGUAUCUUAAAAUUAAGUGGCGAAAGAGUGUAGAAGUGCAAAGGUCUACGAGCGUGACGGACACUUACUUCAUGACUCUGAAGAAGCCCGCGCUCGAGCUUGAAAGCUGCGUUAAUUCUGGAGGCGACGAUGACGCAGCGAAAGAGUCUCUUCUCAAGAACUCGGACAAUAAACCCAUAAACAAACACUUAGCCAUUGGCGGCGCUCGAGGAGAGAGGCGACACAGUUCUCUCCCCGCUAUUUCCCCCAUCAUCAAAGGUCGGACGUCCAGCGGUCGGCGAGUAUCCAUGCCCGAAGGAAACACUGGCGGCGGGUGUCGAUACGUAGGACGGAAGUGGUCAGGGUGUUCCACAGCUUUCGGCAAUAACCAGAACCAGAAUCCUAACCCGAUGGCGAACCUGGCGCCGCGCAUCCACAACGAGGAUAUGGUCCACGAUAUCCUGGUCAAACAAGAUCGUAAAGCCGCCCGCUGUCUGUGCUUGAUGCUGCUCACCUUAGUCGUGUGCUGGUUACCCCACGCCGUGGUCAGUUCGGUCAACGCUCGCUGCUGGUGUCUGCACGGCGGACCUAUAAUAGCCACUGGCUGGAUCUUCAUGCUUGACCAUACGGUCAACCCGUUUCUCUACGGCCUUAUGAACGCGCAGUUCAAAAAUGUGCUGAAGCAAUGGCUGCUCAUUGAGCGGGUUCAUGCCUUCAAGAUGAGGGACACGCUGAUCUUGAAGAACCUGCAGAAGAAAGUGGUGUGUGAGGAAAAUAAUAAAGACAAAAGUCCGGUGCCUCAGACAAAGAGCGGUCAUGAUAUCAUAGAGGUGGUGGCGACCACAGACUCUGACCACACACCCUUGUAGCGUGGAGCGGGGACCAGCACUACAUUCGAGGUUAUCACAGUGAGUGAAAGACAUCGCCUCGCCCAGCUGUUCCAGACGUUCCACCACGACGUGUUGACAAGACCAAGCAGUCCAAUCAGCCAGCACCACACAACUGCCGCCUUCAAACUAAGCUUCCCUGCUCUUUCAGACGUUUCACAUCAUUCCCUCCAAAAGAACAUGACAUCACGCAAGCAGGAGGCAGGAAGGAUUCAUCUGGAGAUGUACGUCUGGAUUGAAGUCACAAGAAUUGAUGCACUAUGCGUCAGAAUAUGAUUUACCAACAAUCAUUAAGAGUUAAAAUGCGUAUAAACAAAUUCCCGUUAUCAAUGACUUAUUGGUAAAUGAAAUGGGUUACGAUAUUAUGCCAAAUAUGGGAUCUGAUUUACCUUCUAAAGUUACGGAAAAGUAUGGAAAAGUAACCUAAGAAAUGAAUGCCAGAUAUCUAUACAUCCGCUGCAAGGUGUAUGACAUUCUAUGCCCCGGGGUUUUUUUUCUACGCCCCUCUGAUAUUCACAUCCUUAGCAACUUGUGUAAGAACACUGCGACCCAAGAACCUUAGAUCUAUAUGUCAGACUAGUUUAGUGGGGGAAACAUGCACAUGCACUUUGAAAGCUAAGGUAUAGGAUUACAGAUUUUGUUUCUAUAGGAAAUUAGAUAUCAGAUACAAUAUCUUUGAUAUCUGAACACAAAGCUCCAAAUAAUUGAGACAAACACAUCACAUUACAGAAAUGCAAUGCGACAAAUCUGGGUUUAUUGAAUUAUCUUCUCUCUCACCUUUACCUUUCUGAAAUAUCGCCCUCCUCACCCCUACCCCUCUCCCACUCCUCGAACAGACAUGUGCGCCCCCCGCCACACACACACGCUCAGAAACACACCACUAUAUUGAACAUGAUAAAGAAAUACGUCUAGCUGUGACAUACCUGAUACUGCCAUAGUAAUAUGUGUCACGACGCGGUGGAAUCAGGCGCUCGUCAACCUUUGGCCACAUUGAUUUAUUGGUAUAAUCUUAAAGCCUAUUCAGUUGCCUUGCUUCCGGUAGCCUGGUAGCAAACAUAGAAAUUAGUGAGAAAAUGGCAGCCAACGUUUGGUAACUUUCAAAGCUUAAGUGUCCCUGGGAACUGCAAAUUUACAUUCAUUUAUUUUGUUGGUGCCUUUGAUCAACGUUUUACCUGUAAAAUCCACACAAAAAAGGGGUUUUAAACCAAUAUUAAAGGUGUUAUGCAAAUACAGAAAAAAUGAAAUUUGAUAAAAAUUGCCCGACGAAUUCAUUAUUUUGACGAGCGCCUGCUUUCACCUCGGUACCACCUAUGUAUCAAAUGAUAAACAAUAUAAACGCUUAGUGUGUCAUCGGUUCUUGCCACCGAGCAGCGCUUCUUUCUGAGAUGAGGUCAACGUGUCUUGUUCAAGGAUAUACGGAUUAAGAUCAGUCAUUUGACAGUCCCCCGGUUCCCUCCCCUUUCCCUCUCCAACUAUGGCGUUACUUCCUAUGUAAGACUGUGGCCCUCGAUAAGUCUUGCACACUUUUCUUUUUUUUUUUUAAGCAGCCUGCCGUCUAAUAUUACUAUUAUACUUGCAGAUAGCUUCGCAAUAUUCUGUUCAGCUUUGCAUGGAGGGGACCCAGAUAAAUCACAUCUUUAAGAGCUUUGAUUAGUUUGCCUUGUGUAGGCCAUUCUGCGGAAAGCUGCAUCAAUCUUGCUCAGAUAGGCUCUCAAAAAAGCGUCAUGACUAGCAAUCUGCUAAAGUCAAGGAAGCAAAAAAUUAUGGUUAGUAGCACUGUUGCAUGAUGCAUUUCAAUCUAGGAGCAAUUCAGCUCUUUCCGGUAACAAAAACGAUAAAGUAAAUUCUGAUAAUGAAAAUAAAAACUGUUACAAGUUGUUCUGUCCCUAGUAUGCAAGGGGAAAGAAAGACGCGUCUGAGAUCAGCAUGCUGCCACCUCUGGUCGAUCAGAAGCCGGUCGUGCUGGGGGUAAUGGGACCAAGAUCUAUACAAAACCUAGACGGGUUUACCUGUGCCUUGACAGACAGGCAGGCAAUGAACAGAGAGAUGUUAUUGAUCAAAGCACACUCACAUGUAACUCCUUCCAAACCCUUCCAUUGUACCCAUGGCGACAACCCCCGCUCUCCUCCUUCUCCUCGUUUUCGAUUAUCAGGUAGAGGGGUCGUGAAAAUUUACCUUCAACGCGGCUGUUGCAGUAUCGAAAAUAUUUUAAUCCUUCACGAAACAUACCAUGUUACCUAUUGUUGUCUGGGUGAUAACGUAAACGCUUUUUGAAGUGGCGAUCAAUGACUAUGAAUAAAACAACAGGGUUUAAAGGGACAGCUGACAUUUCCACCAGAGAGAAAUCCGCAACUGUGGAAAAAAACAUGUCUCAGGCCUCAAAUACUGUCAGUUCGUUUUACAUUCUUUUUUUCAUGAAAUAUUUUAGUACAAAGUAAACAAAACAGAGGUAGGUUCAAAAGUUCAUAUUUUUCGCCAACAAACCACCUUUCACACUGUCUGUUUUGUCUGUCUGUCUGUCUGUCUGUCUGUCUGUCUGUCUGUCUGUCUGUCUCUUCUCUCUCUCUCUCUCUCUCUCUCUCUCUCUCUCUCUCUCUCUCUCUCUCUUGAUGUGUGUGGGUGAUAACAAUAUGUGGAACUGUAAGAAACUGUCUUGCUGUGAGUGCCGUCUUUCUAACUAACAAUUUGAAAACAAAUGUUAUCGUCCCACUUAUAGAGAAAUAUUAUUUUCUCAGUAUGGAAUUCUACUUCACUGCGCAUAUUCUUCAAAAUUCGACCUUAAAAUAAUGGUAUGUGGCGAAGCUAGAUAAGGAAAAAAAAUGGUUAAAUAGAAUCCCCCCCCCAAAA